AUGGCUGCUAUCAACAAGAUCGCCGUUAACUCGCCGUCGAGGCAGAACCCCUCCGAGCUGGAGACCGCGAUCGCCGGUGCUCUGUUCGACCUCGAGAGCAACACACAGGACCUGAAGGCCACCCUUCGGCCCCUGCAGUUUGUCUCUGCCCGUGAGGUCGAGGUCGGCCACGGCAAGAAGGCCGUCAUCAUCUUCGUGCCUGUCCCUCUCCUCCAGAGCUUCCACAAGAUCCAGCAGCGCCUGACCCGUGAGCUCGAGAAGAAGUUCUCGGACCGCCACGUCCUCUUCGUGGCCCAGCGCCGCAUCCUGCCCCGCCCCAAGCGCUCCGCGACCUCCCGCUCCAACCAGAAGCAGAAGCGCCCCCGUUCCCGCACCCUGACUGCCGUCCACGACGCCAUCCUCUCCGACCUCGUCUACCCCGUCGAGAUCGUCGGCAAGCGCACCCGCACCAAGGAGGACGGCUCCAAGACCCUCAAGGUCAUCCUCGAUGAGAAGGAGCGCGGCGGUGUCGACCACCGUCUCGACGCCUACGGCGAGGUCUACCGUCGGUUGACGGGCCGUGCUGUCGUCUUUGAUUUCCCUCAGGGUGGCGCUGCUGAUUACUAG